ACUUUCAAGUCGUUGACCUGUACAUUCCAUCUCCAUCAGCGCUCCUUUUUUUAAAGAUCAUCUCCACUCUCAAUCCCAACAUGUCCGUGGCAACCUUUUCGCGGGACACUGCCUUUCAGGCACGGUCUUUGCUCCGUUCCCUGCUCCGUCAGUCAUCCCAGUUCUCGAACUAUAACUUCCGCGAGUACGCCCGCCGGAGGACGAGGGAUGCUUUCCGCGAACAUCAGAAAGAGAGCGAAGAGAGGAGGAUACAAGAGUUGAUUCAGGAUGGAUUGCAGAACUUGCGAUCGAUGAAGAGACAAACUAUCAUCAGCCAGUUUUACCAAAUGGACAAGCUGGUCGUGGAAGGCCAGAAGACAGGAAAGCAAACUGGCUCAGAAGGCAACAUUGUCCGCCAGAAGGAUACCGGCUGGGAUUAAAUCGGCCAUUCGCAUCAAUUGAAAGUUGUUUAAGAGUGAUUUUGAAGCUGGAUUUCAUUAUAUUCCAUUUUUGAUUCUCCUACUCGUUGGAGUCCACGGUGCAAGCGAAUGAGGUGAUUAAAUAGACCCGAAGUGCCC